AUGCCGCAGGGAAAGGAUCAGGUCAAGUACGCCAUGGUUGUCGUAGAUUACUUCACCAAAUGGGUAGAGGCCGAGACCUUGGCGACCAUUACCGCCGUUAGAAUAGAAGACUUCGCAGUUCUGCACCUCGACAACGGCCAAGUAAAAUUCAAUAUAUUCUUCACUUUGCCAGCUCACCCCCACUCAAAUGGCCAAGUCGAAGCGAUAAACAAAAUCAUUAAGAAACGGCUGAAGCGGCAGCUCGACAACGCCAAAGGCGCUUGGCCGGAGAAGCUUUCUAAAGCACUAUGGGCAAUCCGGACAUCUUUCCGAACGUCCACCGAGGAAACCCCCUUUUCUCUAGCCUUCGGAUCGAAAGCCGUUGUCCCAGUGGAGAUCGGUGAGCCUUCCUACCGAACGGAAAGCUUUGCACCAAAAGCUAAUGAGAAGGCCCUUGCGUUAAGUCUCGACCUGAUCGAAGAACGGAGAGCGCAAGCCAACAUUCAUAAUCAAGCCUACAAGCAAUGCGUCUCUCGAUACUAUGACUCGAGGAUCCGACCCCGUUCUUUUCGAAUCGGGGACUGGGUUAUGCGAAAAGUCUCUCUUGUAACCAAGAACCCCAUGGAAGGAAUCCUCGGAAUUUCUUGGGAGGGACCUUAUGAGGUCAUCGGUAUCCUUCGAUCGGGGACCUAUCGGCUAAGAGACUCUAACGGAAAGACCCUCGGUCAUCCUUGGAAUGUAGAACAUCUGAAAUACUAUUUCAAAUAG